GUAGCUCCAUAGAAAUUUCGCAGAGCUUUCUUAAUGAAAUAAUUUGGCCGAAAGACAAAACGUGUAGAAAUAGAGACAUGGUGUGUGAAAAGAUUGACUCCAAGUCAAACACAAAAAAAAAAAAAAAAAAUUAUGAACGCCAUCAUCAUUGUUUUAUAAAGGAGUGAAGAAAACUGAAACCAUGUCAAUCAAAUAACUUCUAUUUUGUUUAAUCUUGCACACAUAAUUUGAAAGUUACAGCUUCAAACAUGAACUCAAAUGCCAUAUAUGGUUUUAACCGAAUGAAUGCUGCAGCUCAUGCAGGUGAUGUAAAUCUCCUCUACACAGUAAUUCAAGAUGAUCCAUACGUUUUGGAGCGUAUAGAUUUAAUACCAUUUGUUGAAACUCCUUUACAUAUCGCUGCAUCUAUGGGUCACCUUCCUUUUGCCACUGAGAUUAUGACGUUGAAACCUUCGUUUGCCUUAAAGCUAAAUCCGCAAGGAUUCAGCCCCAUCCAUCUCGCUAUGCAAAAUGACCAAAAACAGAUGGUGUAUCGCUUUGUAAAAAUCAACAAAGACCUUGUUAGAGUUAGAGGACGAGACGGCUUAACUCCUCUUCAUUUUGCAAGCCAAAUUGGUGAGGUUGAUCUUUUAGCUCACUUUCUCUUAUUGUGUCCAGAAUCCAUUGAAGAUUGGACUGUGAGGUGUGAGACCCCACUGCAUAUUGCUAUUAAGAAUGAACAAUUUGAGGCCUUUCAAGUGCUUGUUGGAUGGCUCGAAAAAAAUGAACGGAGUGGCGCUGAAGAGCUGGAGAGUAGAAUAUUAAACGAGAAGGAUGAGGCAGGAAACAGUAUUUUACAUGUUGCAGCACUAAGUAGUGAACCACUGGUAGUGCAGGAGCUUCUAUCGUUGGUAAAGACUAAAAUAAAUUUGCGCAAAAAGAAUUUGGAGAAUAAAACAGCAUUGGACAUAGCAAGCAUUCCAGAGAUUAAGAGUAUAUUAUUCAGUGCUGGAUCAAAACCAAGCUUAGAAGUCACAGAUGCUCCCACACGUGCACAUUGGCUUAGGUCAAAGACCACAAUUUUGGAUAAAUUCUACACUCAGAACCUUCGUAGAACUGACAUAACAGGGGAGGAACGUAACACUUGGUUAGUAGUUGCGACUCUUAUUGCAACUACCAUGUUCGAAUCAACUCUGAGUCCCCCUGGUGGAUUUUAUCAGAUUAGUUCUGAUGACAAUAAUUUGAACAUCACUUCCUCCAAUUCUACUAUUUCUACCCUAAAAAAUGUUGGGAAAUCUGUCUUGUCUAUAAAUGAUUUCACGUCGUUUUCAGUUUUGAAUAUGGCUUCCUUUUUCGUAUCAUUUCUAACAAUACUUAUUAUGAUACCAAGUCGGCGUCAAGGUCUUUUUUUGUUCCCUGGAAUGUUCUUUUUUCUCAUGAGUUAUAUAAUUUCCAUGUCUGUGAUAUCCCCCGCAGGUGUCGACCCCAAACAUACUCAAAUAACUUUCUUUUUAGCUUCCCUGAUGUUUGGUUUGGUUAUAACUGGGACGGGUUGUCAACUGAUUUAAAAGGAGAAACACAAAUGAAGGUUAUGGAUCAGAGAUAGAUAAUUCGAUCACUAAUUAGAUCCGCAACUCAAACAACUACUGCUGGCCGAAUUCAAAGACUACUGUAUCAACUUCAAUUUCUAAAUUUUCAUUUUGAUUGUUUUCAUUUGUUUUUGUUCAAUUUUAGGAAAUUGUGAGUCAGUGUAUUAAAUAUUUCAAUCAUAUCUUGUAUUUUAUUGAAUUUAUGUCUCUAUUAAAUAUGGUU